CAGGGGGCAACCGAAGGCUUAAUAUCCGCACGGAGGUGUGUGACUGAGCAGCCCAUCGCAUUUCGAUGGUCGCGAACAACCCCAGUUUUUGUUGGUGACUCAUAAAACAGCAGCCGUGCCCCGCCGCGCCCCCACCCCCAGCGGAGCCGUCAUGUGGCAAGAGGCCCGCAAACACGAGCGCAAGCUUCGUGGCAUGAUGGUAGACUACAAACGGCGAGGGGAGCGCCGUCGAGAGUACUACGAAAAGAUUAAAAAAGAUCCAGCACAGUUUCUUCAGGUUCAUGGCCGUGCCUAUAAGAUCCACCUGGAUCCUGCAGUGGCUCUGGCUGCAGAGAGUCCCAUCAACAUGAUGCCAUGGCAGGGUGAUCCCAGCAACAUGAUCGACAGGUUUGAUGUGCGGGCUCAUCUGGACUACAUCCCCAACUACACUCCUCCACUUCUCAGCACUUCCACCCCUGAGCAGGAAAUGGAGGAGAGGAAGUGCAACUACGAGCGCUACCGGGGCCUUGUGCAGAACGAUUUUGCUAACAUUUCUGAGGAGCAGUGUUUGUACCAAAUCUAUCUGGAUGAGCUGUAUGGUGGGCUGCAGAAGACAAAUGAGGAUGAGAAGAAAAAGUUGGCUGAGAAAAAAGCCUCGAUUGGUUACACUUAUGAAGACAGUACCGUGGCUGAGCCUGACCCACGUUCUGACAAAGAUGAUGACAACUCCGACAGCGAGUCCGAGGAGGAUGAAGGCAUCCCCGAUAUUGAUGUGGAGGUCGAUGUGGACGAGCUAAACCACGAGCAGGUUUUGGACCUUAACAAGACUGCAACCCCGUAUGGGAUGGCUGAAGGAGACUUUGUCAGGAUGCUGCGGAAGGACAAAGAGGAAGUGGAGGCCAUCAAACAUGCCAAGGCCCUGGAGGCAGAGAAGGCCAUGUACUCUGGCCGGCGUUCUCGAAGGCAGAGGAGAGAAUUUAGAGAGAAGCGAUUAAAAGGCAGACAAAUCAGCCCACCGAGCUAUGCCCGAAGAGACAGUCCAACGUACGAUCCCUACAAGCGACCAGAGUCAGAAUCCAGCUCCGAGUCCAGAUCUCGGUCUCGUACCCCAGGCCCAGAGAAGAUAACCUUCAUCACCAGCUUUGGGGGCAGCGACGAUGAGUCGGCGGCGGCAGUGGCGGCGCGGGCAGCAGCGACUGCUGCCCAAGCAGCUGCACCUCACCCUAGUCACACCCUCGCCAGCGUGCUGCACUCUGCAGGUCAUAGCAGGGCCUCCCGGAGACGCAAGUCGUCUUCCAGCCGAUCCCCGUCAUCAUCCUCUUCCUCCUCCUCCCGGUCUUCGUCGCGCUCCUCCUACCGUUCCCGCCAUUCGAGGCGCCGACGCGGGGGAAGAGACGGGCGUCGUGCGAGGAGCCGCUCGCGGUCAAGGCGGCGGUCAAGGUCGUACUCACGAGGCAGAGGCGGUAACGGGUCAUGGAGGAGACGGGACCGAUCACGGUCCCGAUCCAGAUCCAGAUCCAGAUCAAGGUCCAGAUCAAGGUCUCGGUCUAGGUCAAGAUCAAGAUCACGGUCCAAUGACCGAGACAAGAGGCGCCACUCGGCAAGAAGACGCACCAGAUCCCGGUCCAGCUCAAGGCAGGGUGGGUGCUCCAAGAAGUCUGGUCGGAAUGGAAGCAGUCGGAGGGUAGACAGUCGCAGCCGCAGUGUUUCUCAGACGCGAAGCCACCAGGACCUCAGUCCGUCCCCUUCUAACAGAGGAGUGCCACCUUCUGCGCUCACUGUCGCUGAAAGACUAAGAAAGCCUGAUACUACGUGUGGUAAAGAGACGGGAGCUGCCAAAAUCAAGAUGACGCCGCAGGAACGAUUGAAGCUGCGUAUGCAGAAGGCGCUAAACAAGCAAUCCAAGGCGGAUAAGAAGGCAGCCCAGGUGAAGAUCCAGCAACAGGAGCACAAGCGACAGGAGCGAGAGGGAGAGCUGCGAGCCAUGGCACGCAAGAUCCGCAUGAAAGAGCGCGAGCGACGCGAGAAGGAGCGAGACGAAUGGGAGCGCCAGUACGGACGACAGAGCCACUCGCCCUCGCCUUCCUCCUCUCCCACCAAAUAUGGUCGAGACUCCAGCUCAUACAGGAGAAGGUCCCGGAGUCGAUCCAGGAGUCCAUAUUACCGUCACUGAGCCGGACGCCAGCUCAGCGCGUGACCUUGUUCUCGCCUUCUAUGGUCUGAUAAUAAAGUUCUACAAAUGAAACAUCAACUGGUUAUUGAAACAUGAAAGCCCCACUCCCCUCCUCCUCCAUUUUGACACUUCAGUUCAGUGGCGAGCUGCUUCGUUGCAAGAACCUCCUGCAGGUCAUGAGUCUCCUUCACUUCUGCAUGCAUCUUUCUGUUCUACUGUGUUCCAGUUUCUCAAUAUCAACAAUACUCUGCAUUUAUCGUCUUCUUUUCUGGAAGCAUUUUAAGCCAAUUCCAACACAGAAAUUCUUUUUUAUUUUUUUUUUCUUGUUAAUUGGAGCAAAGGUCUUUUGUUGUUCUCAGAGCUGUGGAAUGUAAUGGUCCAUAAUAAACCAGGUGAUGAAAUGAUGCCUCUGUUUUGUGA